AAGAUAUCUCUGAUAAGGGCUAUAGCUCAGUUCGGUAGAGCAACUCGUUUACACGUGCGCCAAUGCUUUUCAAAGGAGCUUAUUAUGCAAUGAACAUAAUCGAUCUUAUUGCAAAAUCAAUGUCUUACUUCAUAGAUUCGAGAGAAUAGGAGAACAGUAGCCUGACAAACAGUCGGUUCAGUCCGAUUCAGGUGCCAAUUCAGGUGCCUAAUCAAAUAGAACCCUUAUGGAUUUGCUAGUUGAUAAGGUAAAUAUCCAGCCCACUAAAUGCUAGGCGUAAUGAGGAUAAGGGCCUCCAAAAAACUUCUUUUCGUUCUAUGAACUUUAAGGUGUAUGAAGUCUCAUAGUUAACUCUUGCAGUGGAACGAUAGAGACUCCAUUUCACUUAGGUUGAUUUAAUUUAGACCAGAGGCAGACCUAAGUCAAGGUAAUCCUCCUUUGAAACACUUUGGUAUUGCUCCUAGAUAGAUCAUAAUACAAAAAAUCAAUCAGAGCACAGGGAGCCAUCUCAUUAUCUUUCCGUAAAGAAAAACUAUGGUGGACUAACUGAUCUUUAAAUCAGUUUAUGAAAGAGCCCAAUGCAAAAAAAUGCAUGUUGGGUCUUUGAAACAGUUCAAAUCAUUUCGAUAAUAAUCCGUUUGAUCUGUUUUACCGAGAAGGUCUACGGUUCGAAUCCGUAUAGCCCUAAUAUGCCCUUUUUUCUAUUUUAGGAUCUCUAUCCUAUGUUUUCUUUAGUUUAGUAUAGUUUUCAUUUUCGCAUUAGUAUUUGUUUAUAGACUGGAUAGGCGCCUGCGACAUAGAAUAGAGAUAAAAGCAUUACCAAAGGCUCAUUCAUCGAAAAUCAAAAUCAUACAGACAGGAAAAGAAAAACGAAAAAUAGAAAAAAUAAAGUAAAGAGUAAAUAAGAAAACAGAAUAUUCUGUCUCAUAGUUCUGAAAUAGAGUUCUUUAUUUUUAUUUUUAUAGUAUUACUUCUCAUUAUACUGCAUAGAUUAGUCCUACUAUCUUAAUUAGGUUCUAAUUAUUCUAAUUAGUAGUAUUCUCAUUUUUAUUUAAUAGUCUCUUAUUAUUAUUAAAUAGUAAAUAAAGGAUAGAGCUAUUCUUUUUUUAUAGAGAUUCUAGAGAAAGCGAGACAAAGUGAAACGAUAAAGUUUUCUUUAUAUAAGAAUUAGAUCUACAUACACCAUAUCUAAAUAGAAUGGAAAUCCAAAAGAAAGGGAGUUGGGAUUCCAUUGGAUGAAUCUUUAAAGAAGAUGCAGCACAGAGGAAACAAAGGCUAAACUAAGCGCUUUUGUUUGAACAAAAAAGAUUCUUGUUUCACCGAGGAAAAGAGAGAAGUUCUGGAUAAAUUGACAAUGCUGAAUUGAAUUGACUAAUUUAAGUUCCGCCUAUUCCACAUUAAUGGGAGUACAUUAUGUUUCUGCUUCACGAAUAUGAUAUUUUUUGGACAUUUCUAAUAAUAGCAAGCCUUAUUCCUAUUUUGGCAUUUUCGAUUUCAGGGCUUUUAGCCCCGGUUAGUGAAGGACCAGAGAAGCUUUCUAGUUAUGAAUCGGGUAUAGAACCCAUGGGAGGGGCUUGGGUACAAUUCCGAAUACGCUAUUAUAUGUUUGCGCUCGUUUUUGUUGUUUUUGAUGUGGAAACCGUCUUUCUAUACCCUUGGGCAAUGAGUUUCGACGUAUUGGGUGUAUCCGUUUUUAUCGAAGCUUUGAUUUUCGUGCUUAUCUUAGUUGUCGGUUUAGUUUAUGCAUGGCGAAAAGGAGCCUUGGAAUGGUCUUAACUGAAUAUUUAGACAAAAAAAAAGAAGGAAAAGAUUCUAUUGAGACAGUUAUGAAUUUGAUUGAGUUUCCCUUACUUGACCAAACAAGUUCCAAUUCUGUUAUUUCAACUACACUAAAUGAUCUUUCGAAUUGGUCAAGACUCUCCAGUUUAUGGCCCCUUCUAUACGGUACCAGUUGUUGUUUCAUUGAAUUUGCUUCAUUAAUAGGUUCACGAUUCGAUUUUGAUCGUUAUGGAUUGGUACCAAGAUCAAGUCCUAGGCAAGCAGACCUAAUUUUAACAGCCGGUACGGUAACAAUGAAAAUGGCUCCGUCUUUAGUGAGAUUAUACGAGCAAAUGCCUGAACCAAAAUACGUCAUUGCUAUGGGAGCCUGUACUAUUACAGGGGGAAUGUUCAGUACGGAUUCCUAUAGUACUGUUCGGGGAGUUGAUAAGUUAAUUCCUGUGGAUGUCUACUUGCCGGGCUGCCCUCCUAAACCGGAGGCAGUUAUAGAUGCCCUAACAAAACUUCGUAAGAAGAUAUCGCGAGAAAUAGUUGAGGAUCGAACUCUAUCUCAAAAUAAAAAAAGAUGUUUUACUACCAGUCACAAGCUUUAUGUUAGGCGCAGUACUCAUACAGGAACUUAUGAGCAAGAAUUGCUCUAUCAAUCACCAUCGACAUUAGAUAUAUCUUCUGAAACUUUUUUAAAAUCCAAAAGUCCAGUACCUUCCUACAAAUUAGUGAAUUAGGAGGGGGGGGCUCUUUUGUGUAGAAAAAGAAAAAGCAGAGCAAUCUUUCAAACUUGCAUCCGAAAUGGGAAAUAUUUAUACAAAGAGGGAGAGAUGAAGACAAUGCAGCAGGGUUGGUUAUCUAAUUGGCUAGUCAAACAUGAGGUGGUUCAUAGAUCUUUGGGCUUUGAUCACCGAGGAAUAGAGACUUUACAAAUAAAAGCAGGGGAUUGGGAUUCCAUUGCUGUCAUUUUAUAUGUAUAUGGUUAUAAUUAUUUACGCUCCCAAUGUGCUUAUGAUGUAGCACCCGGUGGAUCUUUAGCUAGCGUGUAUCAUCUUACAAGAAUACAAUACGGUAUAGAUAAUCCAGAAGAAGUCUGCAUAAAAGUCUUUGCCCAAAAGGAUAAUCCUAGAAUUCCGUCUGUCUUCUGGAUUUGGAGAAGUGCCGAUUUUCAAGAACGCGAAUCUUAUGAUAUGGUGGGAAUCUCUUAUGAUAAUCAUCCGCGCCUUAAACGUAUCCUAAUGCCUGAAAGUUGGAUAGGCUGGCCCUUACGUAAGGACUAUAUAACCCCCAAUUUUUAUGAAAUACAAGAUGCUCAUUGAAUGAUAAGAAAUUCGUGCUCACUUAUACAACACAACUCCAGAUUUUAUUCAAGUCAAGGAAUAUUUUUAGGUUCUUUUCCUAGAUGAAACGGAAUACCUAUUUAUAAUUAAUUCCUAUUAUACAAAAGCAUUCCAGAUAGACUGAGCCAAAAAAGGGUUUCAUUUGGAUUCCCCUAUUUUGAAAAUCACAUAUUAAUUUCCUUCAUAUGAACAGAAAAAUAGGAUGACUCAAAGAAGUUCUCUACCAGGAACUUUGUAUCGCGCACAUGACUUAGCACAACUAGGAAAAUAAGAUAAGAUAAAGAUAAGCAAGACUAAAAAAAUAUUCGUCGGAAUAGUGGAAUACAAAAUAAAGAAACGCAAAAAAAUAAAGGGGAACCUAAUCUCACCCCCUUCCUUAUCAUAAAGAAAGGGUAUAUUUUAAAACUUCUCUAAAAAGAAGUGCCUCUAUAUUUAUAUUAUAGAUUUAUCCACUUAGAUGAAUAAAUCAUACUCUAUCUAUAUUAUAUAUUAUUAAUAAAUAUGUAUCACAAUCCAUCUCGAGGUAUUUGGAUCAAUACCUAUUCGGUGGAUCUUUUUUUUUCUCUGCCAGGAACCAGAUUUGAACUGGUGACACGAGGAUUUUCAGUCCUCUGCUCUACCAACUGAGCUAUCCUGACCUUUUCUUGUGCAUCAUCCUAGUAGAGUAUUUGUAUCUAUGUCAAUUAAAAGGACUAAAAAAUCAAUUAAAGUAUUUCAAAUUCAAAAUUUGAAAGGGGGGGGGUAGCCCUAUGCAUUGUGCAUGGUUUACUUAAAUAAUACUUAAAAAUAGAGUGAAUAACCAAGAUUUCUUGCCGAUACUCUAAUAAAAAAGAAAUCUAUUCAAUGAAUAGGAUAAGAUCCAUUGAGUUCUCUUCGCAUUCCUUUCCUUUGUGAAAGAGUAGAAUGAGAAAGCUAAUGAAUCUUAAACCCAUUGAUAAAAAGAAAAAAAAAGAGGAUUUGGGGAUAGAGGGACUUGAACCCUCACAACUUAAAAAGUCGACGGAUUUUCCUUUUACUAGAAAUUUCAUUGUUGUCAGUAUUGACAUGUAGAAUGGGACUCUCUCUUUGUCCUCGUCCGAUUAAUCCACUUUCUUUUUAAAAGUUCUCAAAACUUUGAAUUUGAAUUGAAGAAUUUGAUUAUUCAAUAUUCGAAUGGAGUGGAUUCACAAUAAUUCAAAAUAAAAUUAUGAUAUGAGUUUUUUAUUUCAUAAUCAUUUCGAAUUUUAUUUUGAAAUUUUAAAAAAGAUAAAGAACCUAUAUUAUAAUAUGAGUUCUGUGAUUAAUCGUUUGCUAUGUCAGUAUCUAUACGUGUUUAUUAAAUGUAUAAAGUAUAAAACCCCUCUUUCUCUAAUUUAGAAUUAGAAGGAAUUCCACUAACAACACAACGUAAUUAACUCGAUUCGUUAGAACAGCUUCCAUUGAGUCUCUGCACCUAUCCUUUUCCUUUGUAUUCUAGUUCGAGAAUCCCUUCUCAAAACACGGAUUUGGCUCAGGAUUGCCCUUUUUUAAUUCCAGGGUUUCUCUGAAUUUGGAAGUUACCACUUAGCAGGUUUCCAUACCAAGGCUCAAUACAAUCAAGUCCGUAGCGUCUACCGAUUUCGCCAUAUCCCCACUUCCCUCUUCUUUGAGACCAGGAUUCCUUGUGUAAUUUCAUCCAUCUCUUAGUUUUUUUUUUGAAUCAUUGAGUUCAUCACUCAACGUAGUCUAGCAGUUCAGUUCGACUCUAUUUGAGAGACCCCGCUUGCUUAUUGCAAUUCUGAAUUACAUUGAUUCUAUCCUUGAUGUAUUUGCAAUUCAAUCCGAAUCAAUAUAUCCAAAACUUUUUAUCUCCCCCACCUCCCGUCUUACUUUUUUAUAGUAUUCGAAAUUAUACUAUAACGCUGGAUAUUUAUUCUUUUUUUCUAAUCAGAAUUAUCAAUUUUAUUUACUCUGACUUUAUGUUCCCCUUAGUGAAAUAUUAAUCCUCAAAUUAUUAACAAAUAAUAAAGUCUAUAAUGAUCGAAUGAAAAUACCCAUAAAGUCUAUAAUUUUCUUUUUAAAUAUCCUAUAGUUAAGCAUAUCAAGCUAACUUUAUCUUUAAGAAGUUUUAGUAUUUUUUUAUUUAGUAUUUUUUUAUAAGUAGAACUUCAAAUUUAGAACUAGUUAAUAGCUAAGAGUAAUAACUAAUAUCUGAGAUUUUACGGAUUUCCUAUACUAUACCUAUUUCUAUUUGUUACACUAUUUCCGUUAUGUAAGCCCACUUAGCUCAGAGGUUAGAGCAUCGCAUUUGUAAUGCGAGGGUCAUCGGUUCAAAUCCGAUAGUCGGCUUUUUUUUUCUCUAUCGAUGUUCUACGAACAAGAAUCUCUUUUUUUCCGAAUUAAAUGGAGAAUCCAGGAUCUUUUAUGUUUUUUACCUUACUAUUUUGCUAGAUACAAAACAAUAAAAUAAAUAAUAUAUAUACAAAAAAUACAAAAAAUACAGAUUUUGAUGAAAUUCCAUUUUUUGUGGUACUUUAGUUGAUUUUACUCUGUUUAUCCUGUAGUUUAAUUCAGUUUUAAUUUCGAUGUAUUCUGUAAUGUAAAUACAAUGAAAUUAAUUGUGUAAAAUGAAAUUUCAAUAAAAAAAAGGAGUCUUCAUGUCCCGUUAUCGAGGACCUCGUUUAAAAAAAAUACGCCGUUUGGGAGCUUUACCAGGACUCACUAGAAAAACACCUAAAUCCGGAAGUAAUCUUAAAAAAAAAUUCAAUUCUGGGAAAAAGGAGCAAUAUCGUAUUCGUCUUCAAGAAAAACAGAAAUUGCGUUUUCAUUAUGGUCUGACAGAACGACAAUUACUUAGAUAUGUACAUAUCGCUGGAAAAGCAAAAAGGUCAACAGGCCAGGUUUUACUACAAUUACUUGAAAUGCGUUUGGAUAAUAUCCUUUUUCGAUUGGGUAUGGCUUCAACCAUUCCUGGGGCCCGCCAAUUAGUCAACCAUAGACAUAUUUUAGUUAAUGGCCGUAUAGUCAAUAUACCAAGUUUUCGUUGCAAACCCCGAGAUAUUAUUACUACGAAAGAUAACCAAAGAUCAAAAGGUCUGGUUCAAAAUUAUAUUGCUUCAUCGGACCCGGGGAAAUUGCCAAGCCAUUUGACGAUUGACACAUUGGAAUAUAAAGGACUAGUAAAUAAAAUCCUAGAUAGGAAGUGGGUCGGUCUCAAAAUAAAUGAGUUGUUAGUUGUAGAAUAUUACUCUCGUCAGACUUGAACUUAAUGAAAAAAGGAAAGGUUCAUAGAAUUUUCUUCCCCUUCCCCUUUCCCCGAACUAAAUAGCCCUAAGACCAUUACCAUUAAUUCGUAUUUUCCCAUCAACUAGCUAAAAUUGAUUAACCCUAGGAUUAGGAUCCUUUUUGCUUUUUUCCUCUAUGUUUACAUACCACAGUAAUUUGCUAUAGAGAAUUUUUAAUUUCUAUUAAAUAAAAAUAAGAUAAUAUAAGAUAUUAUUACUGGAAUAAAUUGCUAUUUGAUUUGAUACAUUGUGAUCCUUAACGUUGAUGAAUUAAGAAAAACGGAAAGAGAGGGAUUCGAACCCUCGGUAAACAAAAGUCUACAUAGCAGUUCCAAUGCUACGCCUUGAACCGCUCGGCCAUCUUUCCUACAUAACUUAUUAUGGAAAAUAAACUGAGUGAAUAGCGAGUUUUCUUAUUCCUGCAGUACAGGUACAACCGCAACCGCUCGGGGGUUCCCUAGUUCUAUUGGAAAAAUUCCUUUUGAUCUAGGUGGAAGGAUACAGGAUUUUUUACUAGAAAUUGCGCUCGCUAUAAAAUAAAAGUUUUAAUUUAGGUUUUCCCGCAACUAAAGAAAAAGAGAAUGCAAGAAUUCUUCUUAUUGCAUAAUAAAAUAAAGAAACCUUAGAAUUCCGUUUGCAUAAGAUACGCUACACCAUUGAAAUCAAAAAUAGAGUAUGAGACAAUUAAUAACUUUGAAAACACGAAAUAGUUGAUGACAUAAGUUGUUGUUCAGAAAUAGGAAAGUGGAAUGAAAUCCAGUCUUAGUCAAAUAUUGCAUAUCUCUUCGUGUCCAAGCAGAAGGAAAAGGAUACAAUUUGAGCUGAGCGGAAAAUCCAUAUCUCUCUUAUCCAUUUAAAACAUAUGGAUUUAGAGCAUAUGGAUCAAUCUAUUUAUAAUUAUAAGAAUCGAAUGUGUUUGUUUUUAUGUUAUUUUGUGAAGGAAUGAAAACAAUUCUAUAUAGAAUGGCUUGGGAAUUAUGCCUAGAUCCCGUGUAAAUGGAAAUUUCAUUGAUAAGACCUUCUCAAUUAUAGCCAAUAUUUUAUUGCGAAUAAUUCCGACAACCUCAGGAGAAAAAAAGGCAUUUACUUAUUAUAGAGAUGGGAUGUUGGCUCAAUCCGAAGGAAAUUAUGCGGAAGCUUUGCAAAAUUAUUAUGAAGCUACGCGACUAGAAAUCGAUCCCUAUGAUCGAAGUUAUAUACUCUAUAACAUAGGCCUUAUACACACAAGCAAUGGAGAGCAUACAAAGGCUUUGGAAUAUUAUUUCCGGGCACUAGAACGAAACCCCUUCUUACCGCAAGCUUUUAAUAAUAUGGCCGUGAUCUGUCAUUACCGAGGAGAACAGGCCAUUCUAGAGGGUGAUUCGGAAAUUGCGGAAGCUUGGUUUGAUCAAGCUGCUGAAUAUUGGAAACAAGCUAUAGCGCUUACUCCGGGAAAUUAUAUUGAAGCACAAAACUGGUUGAAGAUUACGAAGCGCUUUGAAUUUGAAUAAGACCAUGCUCCUUUUUUUUCCUAAAAUGGAUGGUUUGGUUGUUGAUCCAUUAAUCAAAUAAAUUAGGUCGUAAGAUCGAAUCAAGAAUUUCAUUAUAUCCAUUUCUUAUACCUUCUAUUUUAUAAGAUAUUUCAUAAGAAUAAACCAUAGGGAUAGGGUCUAGAAUAGAAGUAAUAAAGUGAAUAAAAAAAAGGGGGCCAAUCUAAAUAUUGCUAAUAUAUUAGAACCAUCUUAUUAAUAAUUCUAAUGAGUUAUCUUGGAAUUUAGAAUCAAAUAAAAAAUAAAAAACCCUAUAUUAUGCUCAAGGAAAGUAGAUAUAGAUAGGAGCUUAUGCCCUAAAAAAAAAUACACUAGUUUCUUAAAUUUAAAA